GAAAAAAAAGACGUCAUUGCGAACAGUGCAUACAUGGCAUUCCUGAUCGAUGGAGACACAGACAUCGCCACAAAAGAAUGCGUCAUUGUGUACGCUCGUAUCUUGCAAAAAGGAAGACCAGCGAAUAUACUGAUUGGACACAUUGAGGUCGAGCAUGCCCAUGCCAAAGGUGUUUAUGCUGCCUCAAAGAAAGCAUUUGCUGCUCUUGGGGACCAGUGCAGUAACUGGUUGGAGAAAAUCAUUGCUAUGGGGGCUGAUGGUGCUGCUGUUAACUUGGGCAGCAAAGGGGGUGUCAUAGCCCUUCUGCAGCAGGAGGCAGGUGACCACAUUGUGCCAUUCCACUGUAUGCCUCACAGAUUGGAAUUGGCAAUGUUGUCAGUUCAGAGGGACAUUCCAAUGAUCAGGCAGUUGUAUGACCUUCUCCAUUUAAUUUGGAAGACGUAUCAUUUCAGCCCAAAAUCAAUGAGAGAGCUCAGGGUCAUUGGGGCUGACUUGGGAGUAAAUGUGCUGGUGCCCAGUGGGGUGAAGGGAACAAGGUGGCUCCCACAUGUUUCAAGAGCCCUGGAGACCUUUCUGAAACCAGGCCAGUUCACUACUGUGUACCGCCACAUGGACAAUUUGGCAGGUUCCUCUGCCAAUGCAGACAUUGCAGGCCGAGCUACAAAGGUUAAGAAAUCAAUGGAAGAUGCCACUUUUGUGGCCUUUUGCCAUUUUAUUACAGAUGUGUUCAGUGGCAUUAGUAAGUUUAGCCUCCUACUUCAAAGAAAUGAUGUCAUCCUACCACAGGUCGUUUGCAGCCUGGAACAACUGCUGGUGACCACAGAGGUAAUGGUUGCAAGACCCAAGCCUCAUGGAAGACUGUCAGAGUUCCUGACGAUAUGAGGCUGCAGAGGAGGCAGCAGGAUAAAGAGGGUGAAAUGGCAGUCUACAAAUUCCAGACAAUAACACUCAAAGGAGAGGCAUCAAAUCUGGCUGAAGAUGGUGUUGCUGCCACUAAACUUAAAAAAGUAAUGGAUGCAACAAUCAAAUCCACUGUGAAAAAUCUGAAAGCAAGAUUCAGUAGUCUCCUAG